UUGUCAGUACAGAUCAUUUUCUUCGACUACGCGCAAGUCGCCGCAUAUUUGACUCUAAAGGAAGAAAUGAAGUUCUGCUUGUCUGCUGUGAAACAAGUACAGCCAUUUAUGAACUUCCAAGGAGCCGGGUUGACCAUGGACGUCCCCUUCUUCCAUCAGAAAGACAAGGUUGUGUUCGUCAUGGGCGCCACCGGCACCGGAAAGUCCCGUCUCGCCAUCGACUUAGCCACCAGGUUCCCGGCGGAGGUCAUAAACUCCGACAAGAUCCAAGUCUACAAAGGUCUCGACAUUGUUACCAAUAAGGUCACUCAAGAAGAAUGCCGCGGCGUCCCUCACCAUCUCCUCGGCGUAAUACACCCCAACUCCACCUUCUCUCUCGCUGACUUCCACCAUUUCGUUCCACCCACCGUUGACUCCAUCCACAGACGAGACCGCCUCCCCAUAAUAGCUGGCGGCUCCAACUCCUAUAUCAGAUCGUUGGUAAACGAAUCCCCGGAGUUCCAUUUGAGAUAUCAGUCCUGUUUCUUAUGGAUCGACGUCUCAAUACCGGUGCUCCACACGUUCGUCUCCAAACGGGUCGAGAAGAUGAUCGAAAGCGGAUUAAUCGACGAAGUCCGGGGAGUAUUCGAUCCGAAUUCGAGAGAUUACUCUCGCGGAAUCCGGAGAGCCAUCGGUGUUCCCGAACUAGACCGGUACUUUAGAGAAGAAUCGUUGGUGAGCAGGAAGGGUCGAGCUAGGUUGCUGGAGAAAGCGAUUGCCACCAUUAAAGAAAACACGUGCAUGUUGGGUUGCCGGCAGCUGCAGAAGAUUCAUCGGCUUUACAGGCAGUGGAAACCGGAGUUUCAUCGGAUUGAUGCAACGCAGGUGUUUCUGAAGGAGGGAGAGGAAGCAGAUGAAGCUUGGGAGAAACAUGUUGCGAAGCCGGCCGCCAUUAUCGUUGACCAAUUUCUGUAUGAUGAUGAAGUGAGUAUUACUGUGCCGGUUGAUGCGAGUAGUGGUGGUGGUGGGGUUGGUGUCGCCAUUGCCACAGCUCCCGCUUCGGCUUCUCUUGCCAUGAUUCGAUGAAAGGUCGAAUGUCGGCCCCACAAAAUCCACACUUUAGUUAAAAAAGGGAAAAAGAAAGUUAAAUGAGAAACACACGUGAUGAUGAC